AUGUCCGUUCACUCCGAGACCCUGAGCCUCGAGACCGUCCGCCGUGGCGAGGUAGAAAUCCAAGAUGAAGCCUCGAGUCGGCCUAUCCGCCCUGCAGACAAAGGAUUGUCUGCUUGGCUCUUCAUACUUGCAUCUUUUGUUGCCGAAGCUGUUCUCUGGGGCUUCCCGCUGUCCUACGGCGUCUUUCAAGACUACUACUCAAAACACCCUACCCUCAAACAUGACUCCAACAUUGCCGUCAUUGGAACCGUUGCCACCAGUGUCUACUACCUCGGCGGACCACUCGCAACGCCCUUUGCAGCACGUUUCCAGGCAUGGCAGCGAUACAUGAUCAUUAUCGGGUGGUCGGGAUGCGCCUUAUCCCUUCUGGCUGCCUCUUUUGCGACUUCAGUGCCUGCACUCAUCGCAACCCAGGGGUUCCUCUACGGCUUUGCUUUUCUGUUCGUCAACUAUCCACUUCUUCGGAUGCUCAAUGAGUGGUUUAUCGAGCGUAGAGGUCUUGCAUAUGGAAUCAUGUCUACCGGUGCUGGCUGUAGCGGAGUCGGCUUGCCAUUCCUUCUCGAGUCGCUCCUUGCAAAGUACGGGCAUCAGAAAACGUUACGUGCCAUGGCUGUGGCACAAUUCGUCACUUUACUCCCCAUGAUACCCUUCAUCAAAGGACGGCUUCCAGCCUCAAGACGGGGUACGCUAAAGAAGGGCGAUUUCAAAUUCUUCAAAAGGCCGCUAUUCUACUGCUUUGCCUUGACCAACUUCCUCGAAGCUCUCGGGUACUAUAUUCCCGCACUCUACCUACCAAUAUACGCAACGUCGUUGGGUUUCUCGGGGACGAUGGGGGCGCUGAUUCUAGCCGCAAACAAUCUCGCCACGAUCUUUGGUCAGCUCGCGCUCGGAUACAUCACAGACCGCGUCAACAACGUGUUCAUCCUCGUUUUUGCUUCCUCGUUCAUUGCCACAGUUGCGACCUUUGCUGUCUGGGGGUAUGCCUUAUCCCUCGUACCCCUACUUUCUUUUUCGUUGGUAUUCGGCGUGGCGACGGGCGGAUUCCCGUGUUUGUGGAACAAGUUCGGAUCGACCCUCUCGGAAGACCCGGGGCACAUAUACAGUUUCAUGGCAUUUGGCAAAGGUGUCGGCAAUAUUCUGACGGGCCCGAUCUCUGCACCGCUGGUGAUGAGACCUCUGACAAAUGGGUACGGUCUUGGGCGGUUUGCGCCGUUAAUCUUGUACACUGGAUCGAUGAUGUUGGCUUCAUCGAUUGGUGCUCUCGGUUGGCCGUUGGUGCGGCAGGCUGCUAAACGAUAG